GCCACUCCUAGGGGGAGAAGGCAAACUUUUUUCAUCCAACUGAGUUGCCAGUCCAUCGGUUCCUAAUCAUUGGCUCUAAAACGAGUAUGCACCAACAGGGAAAGGUGCAGCAGACAGCGCCCUGAACAAACCAGAAAAACUGCCCUCCUCUGCUCAGGAGCCCACAGCAGGGCACAGUCCCAGAGCUGCUCUGCCCUGCAGGAGCGAGGAAAGCCUCACGAGGCCCCAGGGCCGCCACUCUCCGGCCUCGCCCCUCCCCUUCCCUCCCCUUCCCUGCCCUCCCGCUGCCUGAGGUCUGGCGGGCGCUCCCCGCCUGCUGGGUGGAGUGUGAACCCGGCAGGCCACCGCGGACUCUGCACCCGCAGGUGUGUCGGUCUGGCCUCCCAGCGGAGCCGCUCAGCUCUUCUCAACCGGCCCAUGGAAGGGGCCAAGCCCUCAUCCUCAGAAGAAGACCUGGAGCUCUCGGUGCUCCAGGAGCCGCGGGACGAGCAGACGCCUCUCAAUGGAGCCCUCCAGGUCCUGGCUGCUUCGGCCGACGACACCAGCCCAGACCAGGCCAAGAAGGAAAGUCCCUGGAGCUCCUGCAAUAAGAAGUUGGUCGGCAAGUGUAAACUGUGGAUGGUCAUCACCUCCAUCUUCCUGGGUCUCAUUUUAGUGAUCAUCAUUGGUUUAUGUCUUAGUGGAGUAACUUAUAUUGAUGAAGAUGAAAAUGAAAUAUUUGAGAUAUCAUCAAACAAAACAUUCUUCAUCAUGCUCAAGAUUCCAGAAGAGUGCAUUACAGAAGAGGAAUUGCCUCACCUGCUCACUAAAAGGCUUGAAGAUGUGUACAGUAAAUCUCCAUCUCUGAGUCGUUAUUUCACAUCAGUUGAAAUAGUGGACUUCAGUGGUGAAAACGCCACAGCAACCUAUCACCUGCAGUUUGGGGUUCCAUGGGAAGAUGACGGCUUUAUGAAGUACAUGAUGAGUGAGGAGCUUGUACUGGGAGUUUUGCUACAGGAUUUCUAUGAUCAGAGUGUACCUCAUUGUGAGAGUCUGGGGCUUGAUCCAGCAUCUCUCUUGCUCUAUGAAUGAAGUGGUUGAGGCUGGUCUGUCAGAAGGUGCUCCUCUUGAGUUUUUGGAGAGAAAAGAACUCAUUCUCUUUUACAGGAAAGAUCCUGUGACAAUGACCAGACUGUCCUUCCUCCUGAUUCUGCACAGAUAGGAAGUCUGACUCCACACCCAGCAAGGCAGCUCCCAAGCGCUGACCCACUUGGGUCAAGUCUUGAGGAAGCAGGAAGUCAGAUGGGUGGGAGGGUUGGGUGGGGGCAGGUCACUUGAUGUGUGGGCGCUGCAGUUCUUGAGGCUCUGGCUCUCUUUACCCAUGUGUGGAUACUUUCUCUUUAGCACAAGGGUGGUGUAGUGCUUUGUUUUAGACAGGUUCCUGUCAGCCUGUGUUGGGGCAGGGAGAAUCGAGUUUCCAGGCAAGGGAGAACUCAACCAAUUGGUCUUUGAAAUCUCCAACUCUUCCCACCUUUACAGAAUAUCUGGGUAUCUUAGCAAACCAGCCUUAAGCACAUCAUCCAGUGUUACUUUUACAUACACAGUCACAGAAAUACGAAAGGGAUUACUAAUUAUUUGACAUCUCCUUCUUCCUGUGACUCCUAAACACCUCUUGUGGAAACAUGAGUCCUUGUGGGUUUUGAACAUGUGACCAUCAUUUUGCAUUGUCACUCCUUUAUAUUUUUAUAAACUUCCAUCAAAUAACCGUCAAGAUUGCUUAACUUCUGCUGUGGAUACCACACAUGUGCUUUGUAUUACCCGUGUUACUGGCCUUCUUGUGGGGGACUUGGUGUUUUGAGGCAUUGAUUGUGUGUCUUUAUCUCCAAUGGCUGUGAAACAGGAAGAACUAAUGUCCCUUUGGCAUAAAUUGUUGAGAGCUUAUGUCUGUCAUUUGAGGGCAGGAGGAAUGUUAGGGACUGUAUCAGUCUUCAAUGGAUAUAGAAUUGCCUGUUGUGAAGGUAUAGAAUAUUUGUUUUGGGAGAAAAAUACCUUUGUACACAUUUUCCAGGAGAAACAGUUGUGUGGUCCUAUAAGGAGAUAUUUUAGCUGCAGUAUCUCAGUGUUUUAGCUGCCACAGGUGGAAGUCUGUGAGGGACUGCUAUGUAUGGGUGCAUGCCAGAGUGACUUGAGCUUGUUAUGAGCCAGGAUUCUGGAUAAUGUGAAUUUGCUUUUUUAUUUAACUAGAAGACACAUGUAUUACAACUCAUUGUUUCAUUAUAAGGAUAGUUCCUUAAAUUAGUGAAUUUUUCUUCUUCCUCUUUAUUUUUUACAUGUCAAACGUGAAUCUUUUAGUGUAUUUGUACUUUUUGGAAUAUAAUGGAGAAUGAUUUAAAAACAUUUACAAUAAAUUAUUUUUGCAUCUGAA